CCUCCCAUUCAACCACUGGCUCUAAUGUAGCUCUGUGUUUACUACAGAAUUAGUGCAUAGCGGGCGACAGUCUCCUGAACUGUGAACUCCGAAUCACAAAAGAUAACCUGUUAGUUUUGCAUAAAAGAAGAAAAAUAUCCCAAACUCAACAUGCCCAAGAGAAAGGGAACUGAUGGUGAAGUCAAGGAGGAGCCCCAGAGAAGGUCAGCUAGAUUAUCAGCGAAACCAGCGCCUCCAAAACCUGAACCCAAACCCAAAAAAACUCCCAAGAAAGAGAAGGAAGUGAAUGAUAAAAAGGAGGAGAAGAAAGCAAAGGCAAAGCCUGAGGAAUCCAAGGAGGAAAACCAGUCAGAAAAUGGAGAGACCAAGACCAACAAGGUUGAGAAGCCAGAAGAGGCGGCAGAGCCCGAGGAGGACCUGAAGACAGAGUAGCACCACGCCAACCAUAUCCAACCAUCCGUCCAUCCAUUCUUCCCCUUCUACCCCUCUUUCCCAGUUUUCUCUAUCCCUCUUCAACUCUCUCAACAACCUCCUCUCUGCCCAUAACCACCAGAAGAGUAUUUUUAUCAGUAAAUUUGUAAAUACUGGUUCAGGUUUUUAGCACAAAAAAACAAAGCGGACUAAUGAGUGUUGUUUUCGGCUGUGACUAUAUCAGGUGUCUACAACAUGAGAGGUGUGGAAAAAGGUGGCAUCUUUCUUUCAUUUUGGUGUUUUUCCUUUUAAAGUAUUUUUUUUAAUUAUCUUUAAGUGGAUGGUUUGUAGCUUGGCUUUGGAGUGGGAGGUAGGUGUGGAGCAUUGGGUAGUGCUGUGGUCUGCUCUCAGUCUGUGUCCGAUAGUGCUUGUGAUGUCGCUCUGACGUUUCUGUACCGGGGGGUGUUUUAUUUUCUUUAUCUUUUAAACAUAAUGGAUUGUCUUUAAGAAUGAGGAAUGAAUUAAAUGUCGAGGAAAAAUUAGAAAACAACAAAAGAUAAACUGCUUACAUUCCAGGUUCAGCAUUAGAUGGUGAUUCCUGGCUUUUUAAGAAUCAUACCACCUUUGCAAUUUGUUGAAAUGUUCAUAUGGUAACUAGGCUUUGUGAGGAGGCCAAAAACCCUUCUGUUGUUAUAGAGGGCUUUUUUGAAAUUAUGGUAAUCAAAGGAGAAAAAAAGUGUUUUUUGGAGUUUUUUAACACUGAAAAUUCAUCUGUGAAAAAUUACUUGGUGUCCCCUAUAAUGCUCUCGGCCUCACUCAAUAAAAAUCCAUCAUUGGAGUUUUCCUCAAAA